CAGGAGCACAGCAUGACUUGGAUGUUUCUCUGAAGGAACUUGUGCACACUUCACAGACAGGCGAAGCUGGGGAGGCUCCUGGCUGCUGGAAAAGAUGAGAAGAGGAGACUCACCUCUGAAAAAGCAGAAGUCAAGUCCUUGCUUGGGAAAGAACAUGCCUCGACAAUUCCCGAAGGUGAUUCUGAGUGAAGAGGAGAAAGAGACACAACUGCGAGCAGAGAAAGUAUACGCAUCAGCACUGAAAGAAGAGGACAACAAGGAUGCCCUAUCAAUGUUCACCGUGCCGGAGGACUGCCCGAUUGGCCUCCAGCAAGCCAAGGACCAUGAACUGCUGAAGGAGCUGGCAGAGCAGAAAUCGGAGCAAAGCACCAAGAGGAGACAAAGCUUGAUGAUGAUCCGGUCUCAGUCAAUGUCUCUGCAGAUCCCAGUGAAUACAGACUGGGCACGAUCAGUGACGCCAUUCAUGUCUCCAAGCUCCACCUGCUCCUCAGUGCCAGAAAAUUUCCCUGAUUAUCAAAGAGUCACUAUCAGUGGUGAUUAUUGUGCUGGAAUCACUGUGGAGGAUUAUGAGCAGGCAGCCAAAAGUCUUUUAAAGGCUUUGCUUAUUCGUGAAAAAUACUCAAAGCUCGCCUAUCACCGAUUAUGCAGAACCACGGCUCAGUUCCUGCGAUCUGCUGAGAGCACACGAUGGAGCGAAAAUGAUGAGGUUAUACCAGAUAUGUGCCCCCAUCCAAAAGAAGGAGAGGAUCCAUACAGCAUGGAGAACAUCCCUGACAACCUGAACUAUGAGCUUAAGAUGAAGGACGGGAUAGUGUAUGUGUAUGACAGUGCUGAGGCUUUGAGAGAAAACAAACCCCACGACCUUCCUUAUCCAGACCUUGAGACUUUUGCCAUAGAUCUUAGUCAUGUGCUGGCAAUGAUUGCAGAUGGACCCACGAAGACCUACUGUCACAGACGACUAAACUUCUUGAGUUCAAAGUUCUACCUUCAUGAGAUGCUCAACGAGAUGGCUGAGCUGAAGGAACUGAAGAGCGUGCCUCACAGAGAUUUCUACAAUGUUAGAAAAGUGGACACACACAUUCAUGCAGCUGCCUGCAUGUCUCAGAAACACCUGCUGACCUUCAUUCAGAAAACAUACGAGACCGAUGCUGACCGUGUGGUGUUGGAAAAUGCGGGGCAAAAGAUGACUCUGCAGCAGGUUUUCCACAGCCUUAACAAGGACCCUUAUGACCUCACUGUGGACUCUCUUGACGUGCAUGCUGGGAGACAAACCUUUCAUCGAUUUGACAAGUUUAAUUCGAAGUAUAACCCAGUGGGAGCUAGUGAACUUCGGGAAAUCUUCCUGAAAACAGACAACCUCAUUAAUGGAGAGUACUUUGCUCGUAUCAUAAAGGAGGUAGCCCAUGACCUAGAGGAGAGCAAGUACCAGCAUGCAGAGCCACGUCUCUCCAUCUAUGGACGCUCUCCCAAGGAGUGGGACAGUCUGUCCACGUGGUUCAUUAACCAUAAAGUUUACUCUCCAAACAUGAGAUGGAUCAUUCAAGUGCCCAGAAUAUAUGAUAUUUUCAAGUCCAAGAAGCUGGUACAUAAUUUUGCAAAGAUGCUGGAGAACAUUUUCCUCCCUUUGUUUGAGGCCACGGUUAACCCGCAGAAGCACAAAGAACUCCAUGUCUUCCUCAAAUAUGUGUCAGGUUUUGACAGCGUGGAUGAUGAGUCCAAACACAGCGAUCACAUGUUCUCCUUCAGGAGCCCGAAGCCUGAGCAGUGGACUACAGACGACAAUCCACCAUACAGUUACUACGUCUUCCACAUGUAUGCAAACAUCAUGGUCCUCAACAACCUCCGGAAAGAGCGAGGAUUAAGUACCUUCCAGUUCCGUCCUCACUGCGGAGAAGCCGGAUCAAUCACACAUUUAGUCUCUGCUUUUCUGGCAGCAGACAACAUCUCCCAUGGACUCAACUUGAAAAAGAGCCCUGUGCUGCAGUACCUGUACUACCUGGCCCAGGUUCCAAUUGCCAUGUCUCCACUGAGUAACAACAGUCUGUUUCUGGAGUACUCCAAAAAUCCUCUCAGAGAGUUUCUGCAUAAAGGUCUUUGUGUGUCCCUGUCCACAGAUGAUCCAAUGCAGUUCCACUACACCAAGGAGCCUUUAAUGGAAGAGUACGCUAUAGCAGCUCAGCUGUGGAAGCUCAGCACCUGUGAUGUGUGUGAAAUAGCCAGAAACAGUGUGCUGCAGAGUGGACUGGCUCACCAGGAUAAGAAGCACUUCCUGGGAAUGAAUUAUCUGAAAGAUGGACCUGAAGGAAAUGAUAUCAGACGGACCAACGUUGCACAGAUCCGCAUGGCCUACAGACAUGAGACGCUGUGUAAUGAACUCAGCUUUAUAGUGGAUGCAGUGAAGUCUGAAGCCAUGAAUUCUCUAUUUGAAUAAAAUGGACCAUACGUAAGACAGAAUCCAGGCAUGUUGAGCUCUCAGUAAUCACCAUUUAGAGGGAGGGACUAAAGAAUUUAAGAAAUACAUUAUCCUGUCAGUUAAGAAGAAAUGCAAGCUAUGCAGUGCUUAGCUACUCACAAAGUGAUAACUGGUGACUUUGAUGAAGAACAGACCUGGAUAACUGAUGUCACUUUUGCUUUGAGGUUUGAGAAAAGCUAUGGAGGGCUAUUUGUGUUUAAUGUCAGGCUUACAAAUUUGUCAUCAUAUGAACCCACUUUUCAGUGGUUUUGCAAAUAUUUUUGGGUGUCUGGAGUAUCUACCAACCCACACAAAUAUGAACUAAGCCAACCCAGCCCUUUGCUUGUGCCCAGCUUAUGUCUGAAAACAUGACAUCUGACAGUCUGAUCAGAACCUGUGCCCAUUUUGACAUCACGAUGAGUGUCAACAUAAUAAUGCAUGCCCCUCUCCUGGCUUCCCCAAUGGCUGUAGAAGUGUGAGGCUGUAAACGUGGGCAUGGAAAAAGAAGCUAAUUUGCAUUUAAAGAGACACACACCUAAGCUGAGCUCUGUAUAGGCCGUUUAGAGCUGGUUCGUACAGCAUGAAAAACUUUCCCUGGUGUUUGUUCAUAUUGUAUUUUGACCAAAGCAUGGCACAGAUGUUUCAUUCAGACCAGGGGUUUUCAAAGUGUGGGAAAGUGAGCCUCCCCCAAGGGAAAAUAAUUUGUUUUUUUCUUUUAAUUUUUACAUGUAUAGUAUCUACAUUAACUGUAAAUCUGUCCAAUUUACAGCACACCCAGCAGAAGUUAGCAAAGAAACUCUACAACUUUUUUUUUUUUUCAAAUUUAUGAUUCUGUGCCUCCCCUGAAGUCCUGUAGCGCCCCCCCGGGAGGCACACCUCACACUUCGAAAACCACUCAUUAAGACCACAAGGAACUGUUAAAAAGUGGAAAAGGGGUAUUUGUCACCUUUAAUAGUUGUACCCCCAGAAAGAAGCUUGUUGAAACCAUGGUUAAAACAAGCUUUUUAUGUCUCUGUGAGCACUUAACAUCAGAUGUAAACGUAUACUUUUGCAAAAGCUGUCUUGAUGUACUGAAGUUUCAUUGAAUUUUGAACACAUAUGUCCCGUUCUUUAAAGAUUUUGGAGAAUAACAAUUGCUCAUAAUGACAUGUGCCUUUUAAUAGCUUUUAAAUUACUGUAGAAAACAUUAUUUACAUUAAAAACAAAGCAUUGAACAGUA